GGAUAAACAACAAGUACCUCGGUGAAUAUGCUUCUAUAUAUAAAGGGGACCCAGUUGUAAAUUUUUGAUUGGUUAAGAAUUGUCCAAUUGUGAACUGAAUUUUUCAGAUUCAUCACGUGACUAACCGAUCAAUAAAUUAUUUCAUACUAUUGUCUAUAUAUGAACACCAACAGUUUAGUUGAAAUAAUUGGAGAGAAGAACAGAUAAAGUGCAUUGACCCUAACUUUAUGGUGAAUAAUUACGCAUACACAUUUGAAACAUCAUUGAAGUAUGAAUUAUCGGUUGCUUUUGAAAGAGAUUCAUGAUUUAAUUUCUGUUUGUGAUGAAGAAUUCAGUGGACAAGUGAAAUUAUAUAUUCCAGAUGAAACACAGCCUUAUAUGAUUUACUUUACUGUCACUCCAAAUAAAGGAUUAUAUGAACAUGCAUCAUUUGAAUUCUCUAUAACUGUUACUCCAACCUAUCCAAACGAAUCACCUUCAGUGAAAUGUUAUACACCAAUAAUUCAUCCUAAUAUUGACUACCUAUGUUCAACGGAUAAUGUGUGCGUCAAUUUGUUGAGCUCAUGGGAGAGAUGUUAUAGGAUUAAAGAUGUUAUACAUGCAAUAAUAUUUUUAUUCUAUGAGCCGAAUCGAGAUGACUGUCUAAAUCCGAGUGGUAUUGUGGAUGGUCAUUAUUUCCCUCCGAAUAAGUCAUGGUGUGAAUGGCAGAAGAAUUCAGAAAUAACAGAGGAGGUAAAUACGUUAAAAGUACAAAACGAAAUAGGCGAAUCCUACUCACCAACAAGUUGGCAAACAAGUUACAAUUCAUCACAAUACUGUAAAGAGAUUUACGCUCGUUGUGAAUCCAGUUUAUCUAAUUGCUCAUCGUUGAGUAGUGAAUAUCAAAUAUUUACUCAAAAUGUAUCCUUAUUAUUUCUUGAAAUUACAAUUGAAAAAAUAAGCUCAGUAAGUGAAGAGGAAAUACAGACAUUCAAAGGAUGUAAUGCUUCACGUUAUUAUUAUGUUGAAUUUUAUUCAUGUGACCAUUCUAACUUUGAGGUUACAGCAAUAAACCGAAGCUGGAUUCCAUCAUUCCCUUUGAGUGAAGAUGGUAAAUUAAACUUGAUGCAAAAAUCAUCACAGUUUAAUCCACGUAUAGUCAGAGAUAAAGAAAGUGAUUUCCAAUACUCUUCUGAAUCAAUACCCACUGGUUCUGUGUAUGAUAGUGAUAAUUUUGAGGGUGAAAGUGAUUGUUCAUCACUCAAAAGAAGGAUGAUUUUUAGUAAGACUGAAUGUUUCGAUGAAGUGGACAAAGAAUGUCUUCCUGAAACAAAUGAAGUCUUUGAUGUAAUGGGAAGCAUGUCAUUCUCAGACUUUGAAGUUUUAGAUGAAUACAACACUUUUGAUUACUUUAAAAGCGAUUUAUUCUUCAAACCGAAUAGAUAUUAUGUUGACCAGUCAAUGAUAUUGUUUAAGAGAAUUGAGAAACCCUGGUGGUGGAUAUUUUUUCAAACACGUUGGGCUCCAUUCAUUGCACCUGGACGAUUCUACUAUGUUGAAGGAAGUAAAGAAGCAGAAGAUGCGACAUAUAACAGAAUAGGAACUUGUUCACAUUUACGAGUAGAGUUAAAUCGAUUGUCGACGAAGUAUAAAAAUUGUGACAAUCUUUUCCUUGUCGAUUCAUUGGCUUUGUCACCAUUCUCACCCAUACUGAAUAGAAUCACGCGGAUUCCUCCAUCAGAUAUUCCACAUAGGUGUUUCAAAUUCUGUUGGAGAAGUAUUGAAUGGCUGUCUCUAACAUGGGCGUGGUUCCCACCACCAAAUACGAAAGAGUCAGAACACCUGAUUCUUCCUGGAGCUGGUCUGCUUACAACAAUGUGUUGGAUCUCGAACUGGAUCGCUUAUGCUUCACGUGUUGAGUUAUAUCAUUCGUGUCUGGGAUAUUCGAGACGUUUGUCCGUCCUUCCUAUGGAGAGUAUGGCCACCUGUUGUUUAUCACCAGCCAGUCUAGUUUGUGGACACUGUCCACUGCUGGAUGGUUGGCCGUUGUGGUUGUUAACACACGCUAGUCGGUUGAUGUGUUCAUGGAUGCUCUCCAUUUGUGUCUCACUGUCUGACUAUUUAUCUCAGAAAUCGUGUAGUCUGCAUUUUGUAUUUGAUGAUUCAGAUGAGAUAUGAAGAUGUUGUUGAAUUUUUUUUAUUAUUUACAUGCACACAUGUUGAUGUACCAUAAUCGAAAUCAUCAUUGCCCUCCUAACCGAGUUAAUUUUUGAAUAUAUUUUAUACUUUGCACAGAAUAUAAAUAAAUUGUUGAUUGA